AUGCAAGCCUCAAAACCGUGCAUCCGCGCUAUGAGCGCCCUCGCAGGUCCCCGUCUCCUCGGUCCCCGCCUCACUGUCCGUCAGCUCUCCAUGACGGGCCCAACAACCUUCUCCUCGCUCCUCACAACCGACAAGCCCUACGCCUCAAAUCGUCGUACAAACCCAAUUCGUCUUUCUGGCGAACAGGUCAUUCCUGUCCCGGAAGCCACGGAGACUGGCAACAAAGUCCGACGCUUCAACACAUCGAGGAGCCGAAAGGCCAUCAAGGAUUCCAGUACCAUGGAUUUUACCUAUAUUCCGGACUUUGAUCCGGAGACAAGGAGCGCGCCUCUCGGUCUCCGAGUUCCGAUCCUCCCGUGGGCCGAUGUCCAGGGUCACUCUUCCGAGAGCGAUAACGUGGUCAUGCAGCCAACCAUCUACACCGUUGCCGCUGAUGGUACCCACAUCCACUCCCCCUCUGCCAUGUCCGAGAUGACCGACACAAACCAGUUUGAUUACCAGGGCAUGGCUGAGACCGUUGCCAACAAGUUCACCGAGACCCGCCAAGAGGGCGAGAGCAUGGUCAGACAGAUCUUGACCGACUUCAUGGAGGAUAUCGGUGUUUCCAAACGCGGCCCCACUAGGGCUUAG